UCAUCAUGAAAGUCUAAAUUCCCGAGUAGUAGGAUAAAUUCUGGAAAGCUCGCUCUCUCACGCCCAGAGUCUGACGGAGUAUGGGGAAGCUGAGAUCUUCUUAUUUUGCUUCUUCUCGUUCAGUCUGUAUUAUUACAUUUAUGAUAUAUUCUAGUUAUCUAUUCUCAAAUCUGACAAGUGUAGAGGGGUUUGAUUCUCUGUUGCAACUCCCACAAUCUGUGUCUUUUAGAAACAGAACCAGAUCAAGGAGAGUUCUUUAUGUCAAUGAUUAUGGUGCCAUAGGGGAUGGUCUCACUGACGACACAAAGGCUUUCAAAGAUGUUUGGAAGAUAGCUUGUUCUUCAUCAUCACGGGUGAAAAUUGUACUUCUUGCUGGAAAUUCUUAUUUGGUUAGACCAAUUGAUUUUGCUGGUCCUUGCCGAUCAAAGUUGACUUUAAGGAUCUCUGGUGCUAUUGUUGCUCCUAAAGAUCCUGAUGUCUGGGAUGGACUUGAUACACAUAAAUGGCUCUAUUUUCAUUGCGUGAAGCACCUCACAGUAAAAGGGGGAGGGACAGUGAACGGCAUGGGCUGGGAAUGGUGGGCACGGUCUUGCAAGAUUAACAUAACUAAUCCAUGUCGACAUGCUCCAACGGCCAUGACUUUCCAUAGAUGCAAGAAUUUGAUAGUCAGGAAUAUUAUGAUGGUAAAUAGUCAACAAAUGCACAUGUCAUUCACUCACUGUAUUCGGGUUGUGGCAUCCUUUCUCAGAGUUUUAGCACCUACUUCAAGCCCUAAUACCGACGGAAUCCACAUAAGCGCAUCUACUUAUGUUGAAGUCAAGGAUAGCAUUAUUAGAACAGGGGAUGACUGCAUAUCUAUAGUCAGCAAUUCCUCAAGAAUUCGUAUCAGAAACAUUGCCUGCGGACCAGGCCAUGGCAUAAGUAUUGGAAGCUUGGGAAAAUCAAACUCCUGGGAUCAAGUGCACGAUGUUAGUGUUAAAGGAGCAAUUAUCUCCAACACCGAGAAUGGGUUGCGGAUCAAAUCAUGGCAGGGAGGUAGUGGUUUCGCCAGAAAGAUUACUUUUCAGAACGUGAGGAUGGAAAAUGUCUCAAAUCCCAUUAUUAUUGAUCAAUAUUACUGUGAUUCACUACUGCCAUGUCCAAACCAGGUAAGGACUUUGCUCCAAAGUUUGAGUUUUGAGUGUGGAUGAUAUAUAGCAUUAAUUUCAGGGAAAGAAAACAAUACAAGGGAUAGAAUGUAGUGCUUUCCCUUUUCAAGGAUUUUGUGUGCAUGUUUGCUCUUCCCCUACCACCCAAACAAAAAGAACAAAGAAAAUGCUUCAAGUUAGUCAGGUUGUUUUUGUUAAAAUUCUGAAACUGAAGCCCUUCCUCUUUGGUGCAGUAGAAAAUAUUACUUUCCCCAUUUUGAGUGCUUAAUCCACUUUAAAGGGACAUGAAAUUCUAUUUUUUUCUUCUAAUGGAGUCAUUUCUAGUGAACUAAGUUAAAACUUAUAAAAUUCUAUUACAAAUAUAAAUGUGUAAUUGUUAUUCCGAUUAAGUUGGCACCUUAGUUAGCAGCACAUAGACAACUUUUCUUUGGUUUCGUAGUGAAACAAAUUGAGCCCUAGAUUGGGGCCCAUGCCAAAGUUUCAUUAAUUUAAAGACGUCAACUGUAUAUGGGAAACUGCCCAAAUUCAGUAUCCAAAGUGAAUAGUUAAUGAUGUAUGUUAAGUGUAAUAGAAUUUUGAACAUUAAUUAUGCAAUGAGACUGCAGACUUUGGCUGUUAGUGUUGAGAAUAUAUCCUUCAUGGGUAUCAAAGGAACUUCAGCUACAGAGGUAGCAAUACGAUUUGCUUGCAGUGAUAGCUCCCCAUGUCAAGGGAUAUAUUUAGAAGAUAUUCAACUUGUAUCAUACUCUGGGGAAACUACAAGAUCUUUUUGUUGGGAAGCCCAUGGCACAAGCGCUGGACUGAUGUACCCCCCUCCUUGCUUCUCAUGUGGUGAAAGCAUCAUCGAGCAGAGAGUUCCUUCUAGCUCUGUUAUUUGGUCCAUUUGACAAUCGCUACACUUUCCUGCAUGCAGAAAAGACAACCAUUUAAGAUCUAAUCCCACUAAAGAAGAGAGUCCAGAUGCAAAUUCCUACAGCGAAUGUUGGUUCUUUUAUCUGCUGAUUAUUGUUGCAUGUAUCUGCUGAUUAUUGUUGUAUAUGGACCCUAUACUUAACUGUGUUAAAUUCAGAUACUAUUCAUAUAUUUUAUUAAUUGAGUAAAUCCUCUGUUUGUAUAUCUGAUGGAUGCCAUCCAAAACUACUGAAGUUU